AGGGAAUUGAAAAUAUUUUAAAAGUAAUAAUCUCGUAUAAACUAUUAUUGACUUGUAAAAAUAAUUAGGAUGAAAACGGCACUGUUAGCCUUGGCCAUCAUGGCCGCCCUCAUAUGCGCGAUUGAGGCGCAGUACUACCGGCGGUCCGUACUUAUCGGUCGAGUCCGACCCCUAAUCCGCGAUUACGAGACCCAUUAUAACCGUCACCGACAGUCCAACCGGGGAUUGGCUGAUCGACUGGACAGGGAGCUCAGGAUAAUCCGGGAACUGGAAAGGGAUCUCCGAGGGGCGUCCUAUAAUUUAGACUACUGGCGCUAUCAGGCGUAUGAGGAACGGCUGAUUAGACACGAGAAGCGCCUGAAAGAGUUGUUGAGAGAAAAAAUACAGGAAGAGGAACUGGAUGUCGAUUCCCGGGAUGACGAUAAUGAUGAUGAGUAUUAGAGAUGAUUUUAUAAACUUUUUUUAAUUAGUGUGCUUGUUGAUUAAUAUUUUUAUGCAAUUUAUUAUUUAAAAACAC